AUGGCUGAAGUUUCCAAAACUGUGCAAUACUGUUGUGUAUGCAAUAAAAAUUCCAGACAUGAAAAAAACAUAUCUUUCUUCAGGUUUCCAAAAGAUGAAAGAAGGUUCGCAGAAUGGAAAGCUAUUCUACAACUGGAAAAAAUAGCUUCUUAUAGCUCUCAAUACUGCUAUGACCACUUCAGAAUCUGUAGUUUCCAUUUUGAUGAAAAGAUGUUUGCAAGUAUGCAAAAAAAUCGGCUGAAAAAAAGUGCUAUACCUAUACAACCAGCAGCAGUAGCACCCUCGGUAGCACCUGUGAUACCAGUUGAGUUAUUAGAAGGACCAUCUGUAUCCUCAAAUCCAGUUGAGCUGGAAGAUGUACUAGAGUCAGCAACUACUUCUCAUGGAUAUAAGAGCAAUGAAUUCAAUGGUGUGACGCAUCGGGAGCGACAACACGUGGAGCUCGCUUUUGGGGAACCACUGAACCCUGACAACCUGAUUACAACAAUAAUAAGCAGCCCCGAGGGAUGGAAUGAGGGAUAUUCUUUUAUUCGCCGAGUAAUGGAGAGAAAAGAAAUGGAGGUGAGAGCCUUGCCAAAUCGGGAGCGAAGAUAA